AUGAUAUCGCUGCAGGAGGACCUGGGGAUAGGGUCGCUGGGCCAUCGCCACGCCAUCCUCCGUGCCCGGGACGAGCUCAGGGGAGGAGCCCUGGCCGAAACCCGCCCCGCCUCACCCAUCGGCGGCCCUGUCCAGCCAGCGGCAGCCUCCAGCCUGAUGAGGGUGCAUGCCCAGCGUGCCAGGCUGGCCAGGGCGCUUGAGAGGGCGGGUGCCCGACAGGCGCACCGGGCCGCCACGGCACAGCACGCUCAGCACAGCGUCGAACUGGCAAGCGACGAGGUGCGCCGGCUGGAGGCGCGGAUCGCUGCCCUGGACUGCCAGCUGGCGGCUGGCUCUGUGGGGCUGAGCAAGCAAGGAUCGGCACUGGGCCUGGCCGCCGUGGGACCUGGCAUGGACCUGGCAGUCCCGCCGACUGGGGAGGAAGUCAAGGCGUGUCUGACACUGCUGAGCCAGGCUGCUGCCGAGACCAGGGACGGCCUGAAACCGGAGGUGGAGAGCAGCCAUGAAGGCAAGGAGGGGGGCCUGGCAGCUCCCAUCCUGGGGAGCCGCGAAGCCAUGAAGCUGUGGCGAGACCUGGGCCUGAUCAGGUCGGAGCUGGAGGCGGUCGACCCAGUCCUGGCGGCUGCAUUGGCAAACCCCUCCCCCUCGCAGCCUCUCUUAGCUACGCUGCGCCGCGCAGCCGAGGCCCUGCACCCCCCGCUGCCCUCCGCCGCGGUGGUCGCGGUGGAGCGAUGCGAGGCCGCGCCCGCCGCCGCUGCCCGCCUGUCGGAUGCGCUGCGCUGUGCACGCUUCGCAAGGCGGCUGUCCAGGGCGCAGCGCUUCGUGAGGAGCAUGCGCGACGACAUGGCACAGCGUGCGCAGCGCGCCGCCGCGCUGCAGGCGGAGCUCUACGCCCGGGCCCCGCGCCUGCUCAGCGCCGAGGAGCGGGACCGCUUCGUGUCGCGGCUGAUGGACGACGCGCGGCGCAGGGCCCAGAACCGGGAAGAAAUCGCGGCCAAGGCGGAGCUGGAGCGGACCCGGCCGGCGUGGGAGGGCCUCAAGGGCCGGCAGGCCAAGACGCCCGUGCCCCUCAGGCGAGGCUCCAAGCGCAGGUGA